CCAGAGGGCACAGGCUGCUGGGUUCAGCAGGGCUUUUCCUUCCUCCCUCCUUCCCCACAGAGGACGUGCAGAGGAACUGCUGGCACACCCGCAGUCCUCUGACCUCGACCCAAGUAUGCAGGCCUCACCCUGCAGCCACCCAGCUGGGCUCAGCCUGGACGACUUCAUCCCUGGCCACCUCCGGGCCCAUGUAGGGUCAUCCUCCAGGGGGACUCGGGUGCCUGUGAUCCGGAACGGUGGCUCCAACACCCUUAAUUUCCAGUUCCAUGAUCCUGCGCCCAGGACCGUGUGCAAUGGGUACUUCCCAACGAGGAGAGAUGCUUCCCGGCACCCAGACCCUGCUUGGUAUCAGACCUGGCCAGGCCCUGGGAGCCGGCCCUCGGGGACCCAGAAGACCUCCGCCUCCCAGCAUCCCCAGAACUGGUCAGCCACAUGGACCAAGGACAGCAAACGCCGGGACAAACGCUGGGUCAAGUACGAGGGAAUCGGGCCCGUGGAUGAGAGCGGCAUGCCUAUUGCCCCCCGAUCUAGUGUUGACAGCCCCAGGGACUGGUACCGGAAAAUGUUUCAGCAGAUUCACCGGAAAAUGCCAGACCUGCAGCUGGACUGGACCUUUGAGGAAGCACCCAAAGUGGCUUCCUCCUGUGCCACCUCUGCAGACUCAAGGAGGCAUCCAGGGCCGCAGCAAAGACCUUCCUCCCGGCCAGGCCAGGCCUCCACUGUGAGCGGAAGAAGCUGGGGCCUCUCUGAAGAGUUUCCUAGAAGUACCUUCAACUGUAAUGCUGGAGCACCCUCCUCUCUGCCCCAGACCCCAAAUCAGGUGCCCAGACGCCGAGAGAAAGCGGACAAUGUCUGGACAGAAGAAUCUUGGAACCAGUUUCUGCAAGAACUAGAGACUGGGCAGAAGCCCAAGAAACCUCUGGUGGAUGACCCUGUUGAGAAGCCCUCCCAGCCCAUUGAGGUCCUGCUGGAGAGAGAGCUGGCCAAGCUGAGCGCGGAGCUGGACAAGGACCUGCGGGCUAUAGAGACCCGGCAGCCGUUUCCCAAGGUACCGACCCCCAGGCGGGAAGCCAGGCAGGUGGCUCACUCGCUGUGUCCCCGCAGCCCAGCCUCUGCCUGGAGCCUCAGCAACCCGAAUGCACUUUACCGGGGCUCCUCCUGGCCCCUGAGUCCCCACAGAAUGGCGGAUGGAGGAAGCCCCUUCCUAGGUCGUAGGGAUUUCGUCUACCCUUCCUCAACCGGAGACCCGAGUGCCUCUGAGCGAGGGGUCAGCCCUGCCAGGAAGGAAGAAAAGAAGAGGAAGGCUGCCAGGCUCAAGUUUGACUUCCAGGCACAGUCUCCCAAGGAGCUGACCCUGAAGAAGGGCGAUAUUGUCUACAUCCACAAGGAGGUGGACAAGAACUGGCUGGAGGGGGAGCACCAUGGCAGGCUGGGCAUCUUCCCUGCUAAUUACGUGGAGGUGUUGCCUGCAGAUGAGAUCCCCAAGCCUGUCAAGCCCCCGACCUACCAGGUGCUGGAGUAUGGAGAAGCCGUGGCCCAGUACAAUUUCAAGGGGGAUCUGGAGGUGGAGCUGUCCUUCCGAAAGGGGGAGCGCAUCUGCCUGAUCCGAAAGGUGAAUGAGAACUGGUAUGAGGGACGCAUCUCAGGCACGGGGCGCCAGGGCAUCUUCCCUGCCAGCUACGUGCAGGUGGGCCGUGAGCCCCGGCUCCGCCUCUGCGACGAGGGCCCCCAGCUCCCUGCGUCUCCCAGCCUGACCGCAGCCCGGCUAGCUGCCCGUCACCCCAGCUCCCCAGUAACACCACGCAGUCCAGCUGAUCCCACCGACUGGGGGGGCCGGACCUCCCCCCGCCGCACCGGUUUCUCCUACUCCACUCAGGAGCCCAGACCCCAAACCCAGAGUCUCAGCACCCCUGGGUCUUCUCUGUCCUAUCCUGGAGGCUCCAGCCGUCCCCUGGACCCAGGGACCUCCUCCCACAACACCGCUCAGAUACACUGGACCCCGUACCGGGCAGUGUACCAGUACAGGCCCCAGAAUGAAGACGAGCUGGAGCUGCGGGAGGGGGACCGAGUGGAUGUCAUGCAGCAGUGUGACGAUGGCUGGUUUGUGGGUGUCUCCCGGAGGACCCAGAAAUUUGGGACAUUCCCUGGAAAUUAUGUAGCUCCAGUGUGAAAGGUCUCCGUGGCAACUCAGAGCCCAGCCAGGAUGGGGUGGGGAGCAGUAGCACUUCUCAGAAGGAGAGAGGACCCCCCGGCCUUCCCAACUCCUCCUCACCAGGACCUGGCAGCUGGCAUCUGCAGACAACCCGGCAGCCUUUCCCUUGGAGCCCCCUCGAAGCCCCCUGGACUGAUUCCCACCCAAAGCUCACAGGCAUUCCUCUCACAGUCCUUUUAUUUCCUCCCCUACCCAAUUCCCCAAAUAUAGAGGUCUGCUUUGAAGUGGAGACUGUUUCCAGGCCUUAUUGAGACCAGACCCGGGAGUCUCCCACCCCCACCCUGCUAUAGCGUUUCCUCUAACAGGGACUGGCUCCCAGCUUCACCCCCAUGGGGUUCCUCUAACAAGGACCAGCUUCCUAACCUAACAGAGACCAAAGGCCGCCGCUUGGAGGGGGUGCCUCCCCUUCCACUCCAGCUUGCCCGCUGCCCCCUUUGCCUUCCUGCUUCCAGCUGGGCCUGGGAGUGAGGUGGUGGGUGGACACCACACCUCUUUAGCAUUUGAGGCCUGGCAAGAGGUCUUGCCUGAAGGCCCCCUCUUUCCAAAGGUUGCCAAGCCCUGGGCCUGGGCUGUGCAUAUGUCCUGCUGCUGUAGUGCCCAGGAAGGAUGGGCCUCAGAGGUCCGGCCGAUUCCAGAUGUUUCCCAGGGAGACUGAUGUGUGCUGCCCUCAUGCCUCCCCUGCUCCCCCCAACUCUCAAGUCCCCUCUGCAAGAGAAUGUAAAAUAAAUCGGGAUACCAGGGGC